AUGUUUGCCGACAUACAAAAGACUCCAACACCAGAUGAAAAUAUUCAGCAUAGAAUGAAAGUACUGAAAGAAAAUGUACGCAAAUACAACAACCCUUUUUACUUACGAGCAUAUAACGUUCAAUCUUCGGAUGAACUCGGUGAAAAUAAAAGGUUAAAUUUCAAGAAAACAUAUAGAAAUGAAACAUUGUUUAAAGUUCAUUCAGAACCUAACCAAGAUGGAAACAAACCUACUUUUGUUUCUGCAGACGAUGGAACUACAAUGAGAUGGGGUCAUAAAGCUAAUCCGGAUAGGUGGUUCAUAAACUUACAACCACAAUUCCAAGAAGUUGUAGACGCAAUGGAAGUGAAUGGUGAACCAGAUAUAGCUGGUAUUUUCAGCGCGGCUUUAAUGCCAUUGAAAGAUAUGAAAGAUGCAGAUAUUUUGAACCAGUAUGAAAUGAACAUGGCUGAUGGAAAUAUAACACCUGACGUUCUAGAACAUUUAUCUCAAAGAACUACACAGAACCAUAGAGAUGGUAUAUUUGGUGAAGAGUUUAGAAAGAAAGUUAGGGAGAGCGAAGGAAGAGAACCUAUUGUACAUGACCUUGCAAACGAAAGUUUACAAAAUGUCAUAAAAACUUACUUUUCAGACAAUGAACCGAGAAGGGAUGAAUAUUUAAGAAAACUCAAAUGGACAGUACCAAAUGAAAUGUUAGUAUUGAAAAACAUGUUCCUUGACAAAAUAAAACCAACUACAGAAAUAAACGACGCAAGACUGAAAGAUUGGGUAAAAGCUUUCCCAUUCACAAAAGAUAUUGUUGGUAACAUGGAAAGAAAACCAGAAUGGCUACAAAAACAUAUAUUUGGAAACGAGCAUAUUCCAUAUGGACAGGCACUGUUUGAAGAGCUUGAACCGGAAACUCAGGAAAGAGUCAUGCAAACAAUACGCGAAGACUCAAAUACAAACUAUGACAAAAUCUUUCUAGGAUAUAGGUUACCUGAGAUGGGCGACCAGAGCCCAAAGGCAAAAAGGGCAUGGAAAAUUUGCAACAUACUAGAUGAACAUAAUGCAAAGAUGCAACAACUUGAAGCAGAGGGCAAUGAAGGAAAAAGAAGAGUUAAAAACUCAGUCAGGAAGAAAGUAAAGCUUGGUCGGAGUGGGUUCUAUUAUGACAUAUAA